GAGCCAAGGAGGGGGGAGGACAAGGGGCUGGAUUGCUUGCUGGCUGUUAAAGACUACUUGUUUACUGUGGUCGGUCUUUUUUCAGACUGACUGACCGACUUUUUUGCGUCACUGCGUACUUGGACCAACAACAGCAGCAGCAACAACAACUGAAAGAAGAAGAGGAAGAAGAAGAAUUAGCGGAGCCUAGGGAGGAAGCUGAUUGGGUUCUUCUCGGAACCCCACCCUCCCUCCCUCCCGCUCUCUGGUUCUUCUCAAGAAAGGAAAGAAAAGAAAAGAAAAGAAAAGAAAGAAAGAAGGAAGAGGGGGGGUUGAUCUGAGAUUGGAAGAAGAUAUGGAAGCGGGAGGAGGAGGAGGAGGCGUGCCGGAGGCAUCGCAUUUCUUGAUCGCAGUCUGCUUCGCUCUUGGCUUCCUCGCCGCUAGAUUCCUCUUGGAUCGCCUCUUCUUCAAGCGUUUGGCGGCCAUACUGUUGGAACAUGGUGCUGCAAAGGUGAUGACGAGUGAUGCCAGGGACUCUAAGAUUGUAAAAUGUUCUGAGUCAAUGUGGAAGCUGACAUAUUAUGUCAGCGUGCAGUUAUGGGUUAUUUCAAUCAUUCAACAAGAACCUUGGUCACUGAAGACAAAGGAGUAUUUUAAAGGGUGGCCUAAUCAAGAAAUGAACUUUUCAUUGAAGCUUUUCUACAUGUGUCAAUGUGGAUUUUACAUAUAUAGCAUCGCUGCUCUUGUUUCUUGGGAAACUCGAAGGAAAGAUUUCUCCAUUAUGAUGUCUCAUCACAUAAUAACUUCGGUUUUGAUUGGAUACUCCUUCAUAACCAGGUUUUUCCGGAUUGGAACUAUUAUUCUGGCAUUGCAUGAUACAAGUGAUGUGUUUAUGGAAGCAGCUAAGGUCUUCAAGUAUUCAGAAAAUGAAAUGGGAGCUAGUGUGGGCUUCGGGCUUUUUGCAAUUUCAUGGCUUAUUUUACGGCUAAUAUUUUUUCCGUUCUGGAUAAUCAAAACCUCAAGCUACGAGUCGAUUGAAUCCUUGAUGGUGCUGGAAUGCUUUCCCAAAGCUUUGUACUAUGUUUUCAAUACCAUGCUAUUCACCCUUCUUCUAUUCCACAUAUACUGGUGGAAACUGAUUUUCGCAAUGAUCAUGAGACAGAUGAGUAAUAAAGGAAAAGUUGGAGAAGAUAUUCGAUCAGAUUCUGAAGAUGAGGACUGAUAUCUGGUUCUGUAAUGGAGACGGCAAUCCUCCCUACGUGUACACCCGCAACAUUCAUGAUGCAGAAGUAUAAUCCUUUGUUCUUUGAACAGGCAGUUUGUUCUUUUAACAGACAGAGAUCACCCAUGCAGCAAUAUCAUCAUCAUUUAUUUUUUUUAUUUUUUUUUCAACUGAGAUUCGAAGAGGGUAGGAUCUAGUGCGUACUUACUAAUUGGCAUGGUAAAGAUGGCCUGUUGUCCAUUGGCACGUGUUGUGGAAACUAACACCACAUUAAUUUUGGUGGUUGUUUGAUUGUAUUCUGCAAUUGAUCGUUUUGGAUAUAGAAUAGUUGUGAUUGUAUACUUGUUCCCAGGUUUUGCUUGAACGCUUGCUAAUUGAGCCUCGCUUCUGCUCCGACAGAUUCAUUUUGCUAGAACAGAUUAUCCAUUUACUCACAUUAGUAAUUUUCUACAAA